AUGAGUAGUAAUUUAAAGAAAGCUAGAAUCGUGGAAAAAAGAGAUAGUGAUUCUAGUGGUAGCGACUCGAGUGAUGACGAUCAACAACAACAACAACAACAAAAACAAAAACCUGUUUUGAUCGACAACGCUCAUGGACACAGUCAUGCUGGUGGUGCAGAGUGUGGUCACGACGGCGGCACAUCGUCGUCAUCGGCCGCAAAAGUACCACAAUCAAAGCUAAAGACAGCGAUGAAGUUCUUGCUGCUCUUCACAAUGGUACCGAUACUAUUUUCGAUGCCUUUCAUAUUGCGUCGUGCCGGUGAGAUCGUCUCUGAGAAUCGCGCACUCCUCUUCUACACUACAGGUGGUGGUGGUGGUUCAAAUGAUGUUUUCAUAAGCACUACACUUACUUCCAAUUACACCUGUAACAAUUUUAUUAUUAGUGGAUCUGGAAAUUUGAAUAUCACUUGGCAGAGUGAAGACUAUGAAUUUACAGUGACAAACCAGCUAAACAUAUUUUCCUCUGGCAAUCUACACUUCUUAAACACUUCAUUAGUUAUAAACCAACUCUCAAUCAAUAGCACUCUAUCAAAAUUGUAUAUAAACAAUAGUUAUAACUUAAAUAUAAAUACUGUUAAUUCAAGUGGAUUCAUAUAUGUAGAGAAUGUUACAUCCAUUAGUAUUGGAUCAUCCCAAUCUGUAAACAGUACAACCAUUUACAAUAGCAAUAAUAUUGACAACAUUGAAAUAUCAUCAUUAUCUACAACACUGCUUUUAUUAAAUAAUAAUAUAUCUAUUCAAAAUUUAUAUCAAUCAUCAAACUCUAAUAAUAAUUUAACUAUAUUUACUAAUUAUAAUGUAGAAAUCAAUUUUAAUAAUAUGUUUUUAAAUACUUUUAUAAUCAUUAAUAAUUCAUCAACUUUAAAUAUAAAUAACAACAAAAUUACAAGCUUUGAUAAUUCAUCAAUAAUUGUCUAUGGACAAUUGAAUAUUCAAUCUAAUAUAACAAUACCUUUGAUAAGUGGUGUUGGAAAUGAAUCGAUCAUAAUUAUCGGUGGUGGUGGAAAUACAAUUAGUGCAACCAACCUCACAUUGGAUGAUGGUGCCAUUCUAUCUUGUGUAUCAGGUACAACUAUCAUUGGUAAUAUUAGAAUUGGAAACAACAGUAUGUUAUUGGUGAAUAACACUAACAUUGAAGAGUCUUUUGUUGUGGUGGGUCAACUUAAUCUUAUUACAUUGAAAAGUAUGCUGUCUUUACAAAUCAACUCUGUUAAAAAUCCAAACAUUCCAUUGCUACUCGUUUCAUCGAUGUAUAUCAAUGAUAGUUCCAUAGUUGUAUCGAUAGUUACGGAUGAAGUGAUAAAAUCAACACCGUUCCAGUAUCUUUUGGUGAACAGUAGUCUUGACAUUGACAGCCAGUCGUUUGCACCGUUCCACAGAGCUCAAGUUAGCUAUUGUGACACCGACCAGAAGCAACUAGACCACUACAGCUAUGAGAUAAAGAAUGCAGGUUACAAACUCUAUCUCAAUAUCAACACGAUCUCAAAUGAUCCAAUGACCUCGUGGAAGAUCGUCUUAAUCGUCCUGACAUUGUGUAUCAUCACAGUCGCCAUUAUCGUAGGAACAGUACUCUACUUUAGAAAUAGAAAAAGGAGACAACAACAAAUUCAAUACUCUACAAUCAUCAAUCAACCAGAAGAAGACAACGACAACAACGACAAAGACGAUUAA